AUGAACCUGGAGCAAUUCUGGACCAACGUGUGCCCUACCGGUUUGCGACCGUGGGUUCAAACAGGCACCGAUCUAGCACCGUGCUUCCAGGAACUUGCCCUACAGUUACCUGUUCUGGUGCUGUUCGCUGUGUACUCUUCCUACUACUACGGGACACACUGGCGAAGGGUUACUCGCAACGAAACGCAGCUCAGAGCGCUGAGGUGGCGAAUAUUCGCCACCCUAGGUAUUGCCAUCCUGCCGGCGAUAAAAGUGCUGUACAUCUUUCGCCUCCACCAGCGGAUCUAUCCGAUUGACAUUCUAAUUGCUUGCGUGCAGCUACUCGCCGGAUCGAUCCAUUGCUGUUUGCUGGUUUCAUCGGUUCGCCACGGAUUAGUCAGUCAUCGCGGCCCGCUGACGGUGAUCGUACUGUGGACAUUGCUGUUGGCCCUGUGCGGUAUAUGGUUGCAUACCAAUCUGUCCAGCGACUAUUGGUUGUGGUACGUGGCGCACUUUGUGCUAUACCUUUGCUACGGCGGAACGCUAGUUGCUCCCGGAAGUGCCUUUCACCCCCGCGCACCACGGCGGAGCGAAAACGAACGACAGGCUCUGCUUUCCCAGUCGUAUACACGUCUGUUUGAGGACAUCGAAGAGACCCCACUGGGGCCGAUAGAAGAUGAGGCCAACUUUCUGUCGCGAUUCGUUUUCAACUGGGUCCGACCGUUGAUUGCCAAGGGGGCCAGCGGAAAACUGCGCACGAACGACGAUCUUUUCGAUUUACCCGAAUCUCUCAAUCUGCAGCGCAUUGUCCGUAAACUACAGGUGGCUCUAGAUGACACGGCUUCGCUUUUCAAGUCCCUGCAUCGCUGUUUCGGUUGGGAAUUUUAUCUGAUUGGACUUCUACGCCUGGUGGCCGAUCUCGCCGGAUUUGCCGGGCCCAUUCUUCUGGGUGGUCUGCUGCGCUCCGAAAAUCAGCCCAACGUUACGGACCCAUCCCCACCUGUUCCGGAUGAACCGGGCCUGGGUCAACCGACAGAUUUCAAGGCCUACUAUUACGCACUGGGAUUACUCUGUUCCACGAUGAUCAGUUGCUUCGCUGGCGUGCACUUCAACUGGCGGAUGACGCUGAUCAGUAGCAAGAUGCGUAUGUCGAUCGUAACGGCCAUCUAUCGCAAAUCGCUUACCGCCAAGCGAGUACUAAAUGUGCGCUCGGAGAUACUGAACCUUAUGUCGACCGACACGGACCGGAUCGUGAAUUCGUGCGUCAGUUUCCACUCGUUCUGGAGCAUUCCGUUUCAACUGUUCACCACGCUGUAUCUACUGUACACGCAGCUUGGUGUGGCCUUCGCCGCUGGAUUAUUGUUUGCAUUGCUGCUCAUUCCCAUUAAUCGCAAGAUUGCGCAAACAAUAGCGACACUGUCGGAAGGGCUGAUGGGAGCAAAGGAUGCCCGGAUAACGAUCACUUCCGAAAGCAUUUGCGGUGCCAAGGAAAUCAAGCUGAACGCCUGGGAAGACGUUUUCAUCCAGAGGAUCCAGGAGCUUCGGAAAACUGAGAUGAGCUUUCUUUCAAAGCGCAAGUACCUCGAUGCGCUGUGUGUGUACUUCUGGGCCACGACACCGGUCCUCGUGUCGCUACUCACUUUCGGGGCUUACAUAUUGGUGCUGGGGCAACCACUGACAGCAGCCACAACGUACACCAGUGUCGCGCUGCUUAAUAUGCUCAUUGGGCCACUAAAUGCCUUCCCGUGGGUACUGAAUGGACUCACCGAAGCGUGGGUAUCGCUAAAGCGCGUCCAAUCGCUCGUCGAACUACCGAAUACCAACCUGGAGGAAUACUACAGGCCGCUAACGGCUCAGUCCGAUGACCUGCCAUUUUCGCAAACCUCGCAACGGCCCGUUGUAGUGGCCAUCACAGACUCUAGUUUUGAGCACGAAACUAAGCGCAGCCGCACCGAGCUUAACACGGUGCAGGAAGAUAUCGUCGAUUUCGCGUUCCACGAUCUCAACAUCAAAGUGCGGCAGGGAGAACUGAUUUGCCUGCAGGGUCCGGUGGGUGGCGGAAAGUCGUCUCUGUUGCAGGUCCUGCUGGGAAACUUUCGUUGCACGAAGGGCGCCGUUUCGGUAGCAGAUGCUCGAUUUGAAGGUUUCGGUUACGUGGCGCAGAGCCCGUGGUUACAGCAGGGCACCAUUAGGGACAACAUUAUAUGGGGUGAAAGCUACGACGACGUCCGCUACAAAGGGGUCAUCCAUGCGUGCGCCCUGCAGCACGAUUUGGAGGCACUGGGCGGCGAUGGUACGAGUGUUGGCGAGCAAGGCCGCAGCCUAUCCGGAGGGCAGAAAGCUCGCGUUGCGCUGGCCCGGGCCGUGUACCAGCAGAAGGCGAUCUACCUACUGGACGAUGUACUCGCUUCGCUGGAUGCACAUGUUGCCAAACACAUUAUACGGUAUUGCAUUUUUGGCCUGCUGAAGGACAGCACGCGCAUCGUGGUCACCACGCACCCGAUGGUUCUGGCAAGGGCCACGCAAAUUCUUCACGUGCAAGCUGGCGAGAUACGGCAGAGCGAUACAGCGAACAUGGAUUCGUUGCUGAGCGAUUUUGAUGAUUACGACGAUGAAACACUGGAUGGGCCAUCGGUGGUCAAUAGAGGCAGCCCACGCGGUUCGAUGGAUGAUCGGCGUAGCACCACUGUCAACGCCCUCGAGGAAGAAACACGCGAGUACGGUCAAAUCGACCACCACGUUAUCGGAUCCUACUGGCAGGCUGCAGGACGAUCGCUUGGUUUUUGGGUGUUAAUGGCCAUUUUACUGAUGCAAGUGUCGCGCAAUCUUACCGAUGCGUGGCUAGCGUACUGGGUAGGAAUGUCCAAUCCAGGAGUGCCGCGACCGGUAACUCCCGAAAAUCAUACAGUUUUACUGCUUGCAUAUGUGACCGACAUUGCACAAGAAUCCGGUAAUGGCACCUUCUUCUAUCUCGGAAUAUAUGCAGGGUUGGCGCUAGGCAACUCUUUAUUCACACUUUUGCGAGCUUUUUUGUUCGCUGUAGCUGGACUGAAAGCGGCCAAGUGCAUACAUGAUCGCUUGUUGAACAGUGUGAUUUACACGAAACUGCAGUUCUUCGAUGUGGUUCCUCUCGGCAGGAUUCUGAAUCGAUUUUCGUCAGAUGUUUACACCGUCGACGACACCCUGCCCUUCAUAUUGAACAUUCUGUUGGCACAGUUUUUCGGGCUCAUGGGUGCACUGUUCAUCAGCCUGUAUGCCAUGCCCUGGCUGGCUUUGCUUAUCAUUCCGCUUGUGCCGAUCUACCUCACGCUUCAAACCAAAUAUCGCCACGCUUCGCGCGACAUCAAACGGCUUUCAAGCAAUGCCCUUUCGCCGCUGUAUGCCCACUUCACGGAGACCCUUCAGGGGCUUGCCACCAUACGGGCCUUCCGCGGCGAGCCACGUUUUCAGCGAGACUUUCUUUUCAAGCUCAGCGAAAGCAUUAAGGCACAACUGUCCGCGGCAGCCGCACAGCAGUGGCUAGGGUUGCGGUUGCAGCUGCUUGGUGCGUUUCUGGUUGGCGGAUCCGGACUGUUGGCAGCGAUCACUUCAGCCCACAUGACCGCGCCCGAACUGGUGGGGCUGGCCAUUUCGUAUGCCCUCUCCAUUACUGGCCUGCUGUCGGGACUGUUGAAUGCGGUAGCGGAAACCGAGCAGGAAUUCGUUGCCGUGGAACGCAUUCACCAGUACUGUCAGCUCGAACCGGAAGUCAAUGCGGAUGGUUCGGCCGAUCCACCGUUCGGAUGGCCCUCGCAGGGAGUAGUCGUGUUCGAGAACGUUACCAUGUCCUACCGCGUACAUUUACCGUGUGCUAUCCGGUCCAUCAACAUCGACGUCAAGCCCUGCGAAAGGCUGAGCAUCGUUGGGCGAACCGGAUCCGGGAAGACAUCCGUACUGGCAGCACUAUUGCGCGUGGCACCGCUACAUAAGGGCACCAUCACGAUAGAUUUUGUGAACAUCGACACGCUGCCAUUGGACGUUUUGCGCAGUCGAGUGGCGCUCAUCUCCCAGGAUCCGUUUCUAUUCACCGGAACGAUACGGGAGAAUCUAGACCCACGUUCCGUGCACAUCGAUUUGGAAAUCUGGGAAGCAAUCACCUGCUGUUUGGCCAGUCCGAUUGUUCAAUCGCUCGGCGGACUGUACGCAAAACUGGAAGGCAACGGCACUAACCUUUCGGCUGGCCAAAAACAGCUACUGUGUCUUACUCGUGCGUUGCUGAAAAAGUCUAAAAUCGUGCUUAUCGAUGAAGGAACGGCCAAUCUCGACUCUGAGUCCGAUUCCGCUAUCCAAUUGGUUCUCAAGAACGCCUUCCGCGGUCGUACGGUAAUCGUUGUAGCCCACCGACUGCACAGUAUCCUCGAUACCGACGCGGUUUUAGUCAUGCAGGAUGGCACCGUGGCCGAGUACGGCAUACCGAGAGAACUUGCCAAACAAACGAGCUCCCUGUUCCACAAUUUACUUCAGGAGCAGCAAAACCAACCGUUAUCUUAA